UAUCGAUACACCCAAGUAUCGUAUAAAAAAUAUUGAUCCAAAAUAUCGGGUAUCGAAAGCAAAAGUAUCGAUACUUCUAAAUAUCGGAUCGUAUCGAACAUCCCUAAUCUAGCCUAGCGUAACAUUUGACGUUUCGUCUUUGUGAUGUUUGUUUUGCAGGUUACAUAUUAAAAAACAUGAUUUGAGAGAAUCUGAUUGCUUCUGUUUAUUUAUAGUAGUUAGCGAUUGAAGUAGAGGCGAAAUAGUAUGCAUAUAAUCACUUACUCCAAACCAGCUUAAUAAUGUCUUUUUCGAAGAUACGUGGAUUUUUCAGUCGCCACAAAAACAAGUUUAUAGUUGGAGGAACCCUCCUUGUGGGCUCGGUACUGUUCACUAAAUACGCUCAACAGCGAUUGAAAGAAUGGCAAGAGAGAGAAACAACAGAAUUUAUUGAGCGAAAUCGCAAACUCAACCAUUUCGAGAGCAUUGCAAGAACAUGCAAUCAAACAAUAGUGAGUUUGUCGGGGGCUCUGUAUGAAGUUGUCUCUAAACAUUUUGAUACAGAAGAUAUUGUGGAGAACAUCAAGAAAUAUCCAGAGGCUAAAGUCGAACUUUGGAAUAAGCUAAAGAUUUCAGUGUUCUCUAAAAUAGCAACUAUAAUCUAUUCAACAGUUAUGUUGAUGGUCACUUUGAAGAUACAAUUUAGCAUAAUUGGUGGAUAUUUGUAUAGGGAUCCAAAUUCUAUGACCACAGAACUUCAGGAGAAGUACCUGUCUCUAUGUCAAAGCUUUCUUGAUAAUAGUAUAGUUAAGAUUGCAAGGCUUGCCGAAAAAGAGAUGGAAACACUGUUACAAGGGGUAGAAUUGACAAAGAGAUUAAAGUUGAGCGAUUUAGAAGCAAUAUUCUGGAGUUUGCAGACAUCCUUAGCAUCUCAUGAUGAAAGUCCCAUAGAAAAAUUUAAAAGUUACAUAAUCAGUGAUGUUGAAAGUACGAGUGACACCCAUGAAAAACUGCUACUUGAGACAGCUGACCUACUAGAGAGUGAUGAGGUGAAAUCAAUAGCAACCCAUUGUGUGAACCGUAGUUUCAUUCUGUUUGGUGAUAAACUAUCAGAAUUCUACAAUGGUGACUCCACAAUAGAUAAUUCCAUUGGUGAUGGGUUCCAGAAUCCUUUCAAUGAGUCCAAACCUCUUGCCAAACUUAUACCUAUUAUCAAUGGGAUGCUAACAAAAAAUUCUUUUCCAUACCUCCUGGUCCAAAACUUGUCAAUCAAUGAUAAGCUUAGCACUUUAAGUGCUAAUAUAUAUGAAAGUUAUUUGUAAUUUUAACCAUAUUUUGUGUAUUCUUAACAUAGUGACUUUGGGCAGAACAUCAAAUUAUAACACCCAUAUUGAAUCUCUACAUUUUCUACAUUAGUGGAUCACACUUUCUAUUUGUAUCUUGCAUAACUUUCCAAGUUAUCAGGAUUGUUCAGAUUUUGAAAGAUAAGCAUUUAAAUUCCAUAAUAUAAGGCGUAAUAUGUAUAUGGUGUGCUGGUGCAUAUACAGCUCAUGUAUUUAGAUAUAACAACUUAGAAGUUCAAACUUUAUAGGUCCCAGUCUGAGAUGGGAUCCAGAGAUGCUCAAAACCACGUUGUUCGACUAUUUUCUAACAUUCCAACUUGUGAAAUAAAAAUGUUCAGCAGAUAAUGGUGUAACUGUAUAAAAAAGUUUAAUGUUCAAGAAAUUCAGUUUUGUGUGUUCAUUUUUGUUUUACCUUCGUUGAUAUGAAGUUGAAUUAAUGCUAUCGGACCAAAGUACAGUAAAAGAGUUUUUCAUAGGUUUUAGAUACAGACUUCAUUUAGUGUAAAUUUGGUAUUUGGAUUGUUGUGUUUAUGUUGGUUUAUUAAAUUUUUAUAAAGUACCUACACUUUUUUGAGCAUUUUUCCUAUUAUUACCUAACGUCUCAAUGAUUCAAAUUCUCGGAAGAAACUUUUCGUAGUAGACGGAUGUCCAGAAUGUUUUCC